AUGGCGGAGCCAGCAAAAAAAAGGCAAAGAAGACCUUUGUCCGAGGAGGGGAGGAAAAAGAAACAGGAAUCGGAUCGACACAGAGCGCAAAAACGAAUCAACUUGGGGAAUGCAUUUGCUGGAUGGCGAGAGCUCAAAGAAAAAGAAGGCUGUAAAUUGGACGCAGACUUGGCGAUCUUGUUGCUGGACUUUUAUAAUCGUUGGCAAACGUCAACACCGAGCAAAGCGCAAACAAGGCCACCGACUCUACCCGUCUCAAGCAUUACAGAGGAAUCUGAUCAGGAUAAAUGCGAAGCCAAUCAAGAUCUUGGUGUUGAACCUUUGCCUGAUGAGAGUGAAGUGGUGGCACUGGAAACAAGCAUGCACUCCAUGAGCAUAGCAGAAGACCAUCCUCCUGACUCUCCAGAUGAGGGCGAAACUAGCCAUUUCAAAGACACAAUAAAAGAGGUGGUCACUGAUGCUCACCCACAGAUUACCGCUUUGCUUCACCCUGUGCGAGGCAAAUAUAAGGGAAUUCAACAUUCCCUGGACAUUUGGCAUGCUGCAAAAAGCCUCAGCAAGAAGCUGCGUCGAGUGGGAACUAAGAAGAAGCAGAAGGAAAUCAUUGUGUGGACAAAGGACAUAGUUAAUCAUUUCUGGUAUUGGAGCAAACAAGCACAAACUGAGGAGCAUUUCAAGAUGAUGUGGUCUGGAGUAAUUCAUCAUGUUUGCAAUAAACACACUUGGGCAACAGGAAGUUGUGAACAUGAACCACUUGCUGAAGAGAGUCAGGAUAAGCCUUGGAUCAAGCCAGGUUCUGAAGCUCAUCGGGUACUGACAGAAGUUGUGUUUGAGAAGAGAUGGCUGACUCAAGUGAAGAAGUUUAUAAACUUCAGGCCUGCACGCAACAAGGAAGGACAGAAAAUGUACCGAAAGUCUUACAACAAAAAGUCAACAACAUGGAGUGCAUACGAAAUGAAAGAAAAGAAAACCUACUCCUACAUCCCAGAGAUUCAAAAGGCCAUCCUUGCUGUGAGGCUGCAAAGUGCCACCACCCACCGUAGAACUAGUGAGGGCACAUGUGUCCCGGGGGGAUACUGGUCCAAGAAGACUUGA